GGCCCAGUUUCCGGCGUCCUCAGGCAGCCGCUCUGGCGCUUUUUUCUCCGGCAAAGACACUGCGGAGCGGAGCUUCUGUGCUGACUUCUCUGCUAGCGGGGCGUUUGCCUUUCCUGAGGACGGCGUGCGGAGCCCGGGAAUGAAGGAUGGCAGCACGCCGUGCAUUAAAAGCUGUUUUGGUGGAUCUCAGUGGCACACUUCACAUUGAAGAUACAGCUGUGCCAGGCGCACAGGAAGCUCUUCAAAGGUUACGUGCUACUUCUGUAAUGGUUAGGUUUGUGACCAAUACAACCAAAGAGAGCAAGAAAGACCUCUUGGAAAGAUUGAAAAAAUUGGAGUUUGAUAUCUCUGAAGAUGAAAUAUUCACUUCUCUGACUGCAGCCAGAAACCUGGUAGAGCAGAAACAAGUCCGACCCAUGCUGCUGGUUGAUGAUCGGGCCCUACCUGAUUUUAAAGGAAUACAAACAAGUGAUCCUAAUGCUGUGGUCAUAGGAUUGGCACCAGACCAUUUUCAUUAUCAAAUUCUGAAUCAAGCAUUCCGGUUGCUCCUGGAUGGGGCGCCUCUGAUAGCAGUCCACAAAGCCAGGUAUUACAAGAGGCAGGACGGCUUAGCCCUGGGGCCUGGACCGUUUGUGACUGCUUUAGAGCAUGCCGCCGAUACCAAAGCCACAGUCGUGGGGAAACCAGAGAAAACGUUCUUUUUGGAGGCAUUGCGGAGCACUGGCUGUGAACCUGAGGAGGCCAUCAUGAUUGGAGAUGAUUGCAGGGAUGAUGUUGGUGGGGCUCAGAAUGUCGGCAUGCUGGGCAUCUUAGUCAAAACUGGGAAAUACCGAGCAGCAGACGAAGAAAAAAUUAAUCCAGCUCCUUACUUAACUUGUGACAGCUUCCCUCAUGCCGUGGACCACAUUCUGCAGCAUCUACUGUGAACCAUUAUGUGAAUCAGAAGCAACCUGAAACGCAGCUUUUCAUUGUCUGGCAAGAAUCCCUCAACAGCUUAAUGCCAGCAUGGACAGACAGAGACCACUCAGCCUUGGUCACCAUUUAACCCUCUUUUAUUGGGCAGUAAUUAGAAAGAAAGGUAUUGAAUUGCAGCCAGACACCAAGCCUGGCUAAUCCCUUUUAUUUCGUAAAAGAAGAUGAGAUCUGGGACUUCCCUGGUGGCGCAGUGGUUGGGAAUCUGCCUGCCAAUGCAGGGGACACAGGUUCGAUCCCUGGUCUGGGAAGAUCCCACAUGCUGUGGAGUGGCUAGGCCCGUGCGCCACAACUACUGAAGCCCACACGCCUAGAGCCUGUGCUCCCCAACAGGGGGGGCCACUGCAAUAAGAGGCCUGUGCACUGCAUCUAAGAGUAGCCUUCGCUCGCUGCAACUAGAGAGAGCCUGCGUGCAGCAAGGAAGACCCACCGCAGCCAAAAAAUUAAAAAAAAAAAAAAAAAAAAAAAAAAGAAGAUGAGAUCCAAAGAAAGGGAAAGCUGAGAUUUUGUGCCAUUCCUUUUACAGGUUAGCGGCGCUGGGGAAGAGUCUGUUGCAGGGAGCUUGUUCUCUGCUGUCUCCUCACUGGUAAAUUGGAGGGGUUCAGACUCUGAAUAAAGUUGAAUGGUGUUUUUUAAGUUAUAAAGUACUGCACUGAAGAGUGCAUUAGGCUGUAGUUUUAAUACUGAGUUCAACUGUGAAAUCCAUCAGAAGUGCCAAGUGGGGUACAGGACAGAAGAAACAAAAUGAAGUGUCCUUCAGCCCAAGUGAAGGAGUGAAUUUGCUUUAACAGAUGUUGAAAACUAGAUUAGCUACUGUAUUAUUUCCAGCACGGGUGACUUCUUUUUCUCUUCGUUAGCCAGAGAUGAGUCAUUUAAAUUUAGAACCUGAUUUUAAUUUAAAAUAUUUCCAUUAAUAACUAUUCAUUGCAGAUACCUAUUAUACUGUGUAACAGUUGUUUUGGAAAUUUUAUGUAAAAUUAAAACUAUCAGUAUUUUA